AGAUCUCAUUAUAAUACAUUUCUUUCUUUUUUCCAGUUAAGAGAAAGGAUAUAAACUUAAGAUACACUGCAUAAUAUUGUAUUUUGAUGAAGUUUGGGAAGAGGAUUAAAGAACAAAUACAAGAGUCGUUGCCGGAGUGGCGAGAUAAGUUUCUCCGUUACAAAGAACUCAAGAAUCUGAUCUCUUCUCCAGAUCCGGCUGAAAUUAUCUUCAUCGGUUUGUUGAACGCCGAGAUCGAUAAGUUUAAUGCUUUCUUUGUGGAACAAGAAGAAGAUUUCAUCAUCUACCACAAGGAAUUGCAAUAUCGGAUUCAGAGAUUGGUAGAAAAGUGUGGAGACAAUGAUGAUGAAACGUUCAGAGAGGAGAUUGAUGAUAUCAGAAAAGACAUUGUUAACUUCCAUGGAGAGAUGGUACUUCUCGUUAAUUACAGCAACAUUAACUACACUGGAUUAGCUAAGAUUUUAAAGAAGUACGACAAGAGAAGAGGGGGAGCAUUGCGAUCACCAUUUAUACAGAAAGUUCUUCAUCAACCAUUUUUCAAGACGGAUUUGGUGUCGAGGCUGGUGAGGGAGUGGGAGACGACGAUUGACGCGGUGUUUCCGGCGUCGAAUGCGGAAGCGGAGAGGGGAUAUGAGCGGUCUGCGGCGGUGAGUUCAGCGGCUGCGGGAGAAGGGAUAUUUAGGAAUACGGUUGCGGCGUUGGUGACGAUGAGAGAGAUGAGAAGAGGGAGCUCUACGUACAGUGCUUUCUCACUUCCACCGGUUAAUCUAUCCGAUCCAGAUGUCGUUCUAGGAAGAUGUCGUUAGACCAGACGGACUAUGUCACUGUCUUAAUAUUUCGUAUUUUAAUCAGUCAAGUUUUGC